AUGCCCCCCUGGAAAGGCAAAGGGAAGAUCACGUGCGAAGAUGGAGCCGGGAUCCCUCCACCACCAAGAGGGCUGUCCCUCUCCACGGUCUCCCGCAUCCGCCCGUGCGUCUCUCCGUGGCUGCUGCUGGGUCUCUGCCUCCGGGAUGGCUCGGCCGCUGGGAACCCAUCGCUGAUCUGGAUCUCUCGCCUCUGCCUCCGCUUUCUCGCCGAGGGGGCUCUGCCCGCCCUCCCCAGAGACGCCUCUUCGGGCACCGUCUUCCUCCCUACCGUGGACAGCGCCCCAGGCUGCAAGCUCAUCUUUCCUCCUUGGGAUGGUGGCAUCCGCUACCGAGGCUUGACCCGUGAGCAGGUGAAGAGCGCCCGCUUCCUGCCCUUUGACUACGAGAUUGAAUACGUCUGCCGCCCCGAACGCGAGAUUGUGGGGCCCAAGGUUCGCAAGUGCCUGCCCAAUGGCACCUGGACGGACAGCGACACUGAAAGCCGCUGCUUACGCACCUGUCCCAAGAUGCACCUGAGCCUGGAGAACGGGCAAGUGCAUGUCCGGGCAAUAGAGCGGGUGCCUGUGGAGGGCACCUGGGUGGAAUAUCGCUGCAAUCCCGGCUUUCACCUUGUGGGCAGUCCCCGCAGCAACUGCACCAAGGUGGGCCGCUGGAGUUCUGCCAAGCCUACCUGCGAACUGUGGCGUCCUCCCAUUUCCAGAUCCGGGUCAGAGAAGGGCAGUGGCGAGAGGGAGGAGGUGGAGCUGCCCCAGCCAACUGGCUCCCUAGUUGUCCAGCGAGCCAGAGGCAGCCGUGAGGAGAAAGAGCAGGAGUGCGAACCUGGCGUGGCCACCAAAUUCCUCUAUGAGCUUCUCUACAAUGACCCUAUCAAGAUCAUCCUUAUGCCAGGCUGCAGCAGCGUUUCCACUCUGGUGGCUGAGGCUGCGCGCAUGUGGAACCUCAUUGUGCUGUCAUACGGCUCCAGUUCUCCAGCGCUGUCCAACCGCCAGCGUUUCCCUACCUUCUUCCGUACACACCCUUCGGCCACGCUCCACAACCCCACCCGAGUGCAGCUCUUCAAGAAGUGGAGCUGGACCAAGAUUGCCACCAUACAGCAGACCACAGAGGUGUUCACCUCGACUUUGGAUGAUCUAGAGGAGCGCGUCAAAGAGGCCGGCAUUGAGAUCACUUUCCGCCAGAGCUUCUUCUCUGACCCUGCUGUGCCUGUGAAGAAUCUCAAGCGCCAGGAUGCCCGCAUCAUUGUUGGACUGUUUUAUGAGACUGAGGCACGGAAGGUCUUCUGUGAGGUCUACAAGGAGCGCUUGUUCGGGAAGAAAUACGUCUGGUUCCUGAUUGGCUGGUAUGCCGACAACUGGUUCCGCAUCAAAGACGCGAACAUUAACUGCACGGAGGAAGAGAUGAGGGAGGCGGUGGAGGGGCACAUCACGACGGAGAUCGUGAUGCUGAACCCGGAGAACACCCGCAGCAUCUCCAAUAUGACAUCGCAGGAGUUCAUUGAUAAACUUACAAAGCGAGUGGAAAAAACUCCAGAAGAGACUGGGGGCUUCCAGGAGGCCCCGCUGGCGUAUGAUGCCAUCUGGGCACUCGCUCUUGCGCUCAAUAAGACCUCGGCUGAGCUGGUGAAAAAGGGGCUGCGACUUGAAGAUUUCAAUUACAACAACCGGACCAUCACGGAUGAAAUCUACCGGGCACUCAACUCCUCCGCCUUUGAGGGAGUCUCGGGACACGUGGUCUUUGACGCCAGUGGCUCUCGGAUGGCCUGGACUCUCAUUGAGCAGCUUCAGGAUGGUGUCUAUAAGAAGAUUGGCUAUUACGACAGCACCAAGGAUAACCUCUCCUGGUACAACAAUGAAAAAUGGAUUGGGGGGGUCCCACCUGCUGACUACACAAAGGUCAUCAUCACUUUCCGGUACCUCUCCCAGAAGCUCUUCAUCUCUGUUUCGGUGCUGUCCAGUGUGGGCAUCCUGCUGGCCAUCAUCUGCUUGGCUUUCAAUAUGUACAAUGGGCACGUCAGGUACAUCCAGAACUCACAACCGUACCUCAACAACAUGACGGCGGUGGGGUGUGCGCUGGCACAGGCAGCUGUCUUCCCGCUCGGGCUGGAUGGCCUCCACAUCAGCAAGGACCUCUUCCCCUUUGUUUGCCAGGCUCGACUUUGGCUCUUGGGCUUGGGCUUCAGCUUGGGCUAUGGCAGCAUGUUCACCAAGAUCUGGUGGGUGCACACCGUUUUCACCAAGAAGGAAGAGAAGAAAGAAAGACGUAAGACCCUGGAACCCUGGAAGCUCUAUGCCACCGUUGGGCUGCUGGUGGGGCUUGACUUCGUCAUCCUGGCCAUCUGGCAGAUAGUCAGCCCGCUGAAGCGCACCACGGAGGAAUUCACCAAAGAGGAGCCCAAAAGUGACAUUGAUGUGCUGAUCCUACCCAAACUGGAGCACUGCAGUUCUGAAAAGAUGAAUACUUGGCUUGGUAUCUUCUAUGGCUUCAAGGGACUCCUGCUGCUUCUGGGCAUCUUCCUUGCCUAUGAGACCAAGGGUGUUUCCACCGAGAAGAUCAAUGACCACCGAGCCGUGGGCAUGGCGAUCUACAACGUGGCUGUGCUGUGUCUCAUCACUGCCCCCGUCACCAUGAUCCUUAGCAGCCAGCAAGACGCCGCCUUUGCUUUUGCCUCGCUCGCCAUCGUCUUCUCCUCGUACAUCACCCUGGUGGUGCUCUUUGUGCCCAAGAUGCGGCGGCUCAUCACCCGGGGGGAGUGGCAGUCGGAGCAGCAGGACACCAUGAAGACAGGCUCCUCCACCAACAACAACGAGGAGGAGAAAUCACGGAUGCUGGAGAAGGAGAACCGUGAACUUGAGAAGAUCAUUGCGGAGAAGGAAGAGCGCGUCUCUGAGCUCCAGCAGCAGCUCAAAGAGCGGCAGCAGCUGCGUUCGCGACGGCGUUCCUCCAACUGCGACAACCACUUCAACAACUCGGCCUCGGCGUCUGCGGCCACCGGCCCCAACCUCUACCAGCCCAGCCUGCCCCUCGUCCGCUGCCUCGUGGCCGAGCAGGCCGACAAGCUGGGGCGCAACAACUGUGACGGGAGCCGCGUCCACUUGCUCUACAAGUGA